AACCUAGGAGGGAUUAGCCUAUUAUCAUAGUUGAAAUAUUUAUUAAUCAUCUAACAGGGAGAGACUGUAGGGAGAUAGAGAUAUCAAAUGGUGUGACACAUCUGGCAUUUUAUAUUGUAUAAGUUAAGGACAUUCAAUCUUUAUAUGGGCAACAAAAUUUGAUGUGUCGUUCAACAAAAUUUUACACCCUUAAUCUACUUAUACUCCAAUGAAGUCCAAGAGGGUCUCUGCAUAUUUAAAGUGUUUUCUGGUUUUUUGUGUGUGAGCUCUCUUUGUAACACAACUUAAUAUGCAUAAAAAUAUGGGUUCUGCCUCACUGCACUCUUCUUUUUCUGCUCUUCUUCUCUUAAUCUUAAACUUUCAUGGCUUCUGCUUGACGGAAAAGGCUCCAUAUUACAGCUUUGUCCAUGAAGCAACGACUGCACCCCCUGUCUCGUUUUAUGAUUACAUUGUCAUAGGCGGGGGAACGGCCGGAUGUCCGCUGGCAGCGACGCUGUCACAAAGUGCCAACGUUUUACUCCUGGAAAGGGGAGGGUCUCCCUACGUAAACCCUGAAAGGAUCAAAAUGUACAACUUCACCAGCACACUUGCGGACACCUCUCCGGAUUCUCCGACGCAGCAGUUCGUGUCUGAGGACGGAGUCUACAACGCCAGGGCAAGUGUUCUCGGAGGAGGGUCGGUGCUGAACGCCGGGUUUUAUACGCGAGCGAGUACUCGUUACAUGAGGGAAGCAGGAUGGAAUGAAGCUCUGGUUAACGCUUCGUACCGGUGGGUGGAGAACAAGGUGGCAUUUCAGCCGCCAAUGCUGCAAUGGCAAUCGGCGGUCAGAGAUGCGUUGCUGGAAGUCGGAGUUCUUCCGAAUAAUGGGUUUACUUAUGAUCAUAUGUAUGGGACUAAAGUGGGUGGAACGAUCUUUGACAAGGACGGCAAUCGACACACUGCUGCUGAUUUGCUGGAGUAUGCUAAUCCUGCAAAAAUCAGAGUUUAUCUUCACGCUACUGUGCAGAGAAUCAUCUUUUUGAAAGCAGUUGGACCAAAACGGAGGGCUCGUGGAGUGGUUUACCAAGAUGGUACGGGGAAGAGGCAUGUUGCUCUCUUGAAGAAGGGCUUUAGCAACGAGAUAAUUUUAUCGGCCGGCGCACUUGGAAGCCCACAAUUGCUGAUGUUGAGCGGUGUCGGGCCGGCUGAUCAGCUCCGGGCACACGGUAUUCCGGUGGUGGCAGAUCACCCAAUGGUGGGUCAAGGAAUGUCUGAUAAUCCCAUGAAUGCUCUGUUCAUUCCUUCUCCUCAGCCAGUAGAGGUGUCACUCAUUCAAGUCGUUGGCAUCACCCGAUUUGAUAGCUAUAUUGAGACUGCCAGUGGAAUGACGUUUUCCCCUUCUUUGGGUCGAAGAGUAUCUAAUGACUUGGCUAAAAUACUAUCUGAAGACUUAGCUGCCUACAUAAACAAGAGCGCGGAUGCCAAAGUUGAUGUUGGAACCUUUAUCAAUGGUGACUCAGUAAGAGGUGGGAUUAUUCUUGAAAAAAUCAUGGGUCCAAUUUCAGCCGGUCAUCUUGAGCUCCGAAGUACAGACCCUAAUGAAAACCCCUCGGUUACAUUCAACUACUUCCAAUCCCCAGAGGACUUGAGGCGGUGUGUAAAUGGCAUGAGGACCAUAAUUAGCGUGAUAAAUUCCCAAGCAUUUUCUAAAUUCCGGAACAGAUAUUUGCCAACGGAAGCUCUCAUAAAUUUGACGUUGAACCUUCCCCUGAACCAGCGACCAAGACAUGUUACUGCAACAACCUCCCUGGAGCAGUUCUGCAUAGACACCGUCAUGACCAUCUGGCAUUACCAUGGUGGCUGUCAAGUUGGAAGGGUUGUCGAUAUGGAUUAUCGGGUUCUUGGUAUUGAUGCAUUGAGGGUUAUUGAUGGUUCUACUUUUCAUCACUCCCCUGGGACUAAUCCUCAAGCUACUGUUAUGAUGCUAGGAAGAUACAUGGGACAGAGGAUUCUGCUUGAGAGACUCUUUGGGUUUGGGAUGAAGUAGAGAAGAUGAGAUCCUAGCUACUUGGAAGUUCACAACUAUUCUCAAGUGCCCUUUGUUUAGUUGAUGUUUCUAUAAAUGCAAAGAUUCAUUAGAACGGUUUAUUUGUGUGUCAGCAUCAAGCUAGUUCUAUUUUUCAUGGCGCAUAAAAUAUUUUGAACUAUGGUUGCGUUAUGGAUUUUGUGGUAGCAUGUUUGCCUGUUAUGUGCCUUAGCUAUGGAGUGGAGUUACAACCUCAAACUCAGUAAUGCUAUUUUCCUACGAGUUUUAGCUAGUAUGUAAGUUUAUUAUUCCUAUUUCUACAAUAAUAUCCUUUAAUGUAUUAUUCAUAUGGCUGUGAUUGAAUGAAAACCUUUUCAAUAAAUAGAUUUCAUUGUU